CGAGAGUGUCUAGCCACACAUCUUCGCCGGCGCUUGACUCGGAUCUUGCGGAAAGGGAACACUGGUAGUGCCGCUCCGUACUGCGGGGGAUUUAGGACGGACCGCGAGCCGCGAGUCGCUCUGAGACAGGGCCUGGAUUCAGGAUUGGUACCGUGACGACCCAAGCCUAACGUACACGCCCACGGCCUCCAUGCACGUCUCCGCGAUUCAGAUCCACCCUCUUUUUGCGCUGGGGGUGCUCUCGCUGCUUCUUGGCAGAAUCUACGCGCUAUCUGUCCCGAUUCCGAGGCAGCUUGUCGAUGCCGAUGGCCAAACCCCGCUACUUCCACCGAAGGGCGAUCGGAAGUAUGAGAAUGGAGAGAUGCCGCCUGUGAGGAACACGGUCGGAUGGGUGGACCCCCGGCUGAAUGGAGGACAGUUCCUUGAUUAUACCACCAAGACGCUUGGAGAACCGCUCAAUAUUAUUAUAUCGGCAGAGUCCGAUCCGUUCAUCCUCACCGAGGCCGGGAUGCAGACCUACAUCAAAUCAAUCGGCUUCAACAGGGAGUGUCUUGGACUGCAUUACGGACAUAUACACGAGGCGGACCUCGGCGACGGCCUUGGUCGCAAGUCGGAGCAGUUCCUCGGUCGGCAGCACUACUUCCCCAUCAUGGGUACCUGCUGGGAGUCGGCUGUAGGCGGCCAUCACUUCCGUGCAUGGCGACAGAACGGCAGUGAGGCUAAUAGUGGAGCGUGGUUCCUUGGGGCGUCCCAGGAGAUGGACUCGUCCAAGAACCAUAUGAUCGUCGAGGAUGGUUACAACCGCGGGCGGAACUACAUCGUCGACCUCGCUGCGCAAGGCAGCCAUUGGCAUGGGAUGUGGUGGAAGGCGGAAGUGCAGUGGCAAGACGGCUUGCUUGAGCGCGGAACGCGAGGUGUCAAUCAUGGCAUCGAGCAGGAUGGUCUUGUCGCCAUAUUGACCAUUCGCCGGCUCUAAUCGGUCCUCGGCUUCCCCGGGUCAACUUAGCGGAAGUGUAUCUGACGUUAUCCAACAUAUGUUUUCAGCUCUCAAGCACGUCUGUAUCAUCCCACCAUCACGACACCUCACGAUCUCAUCUUUUAGAUUUCGCACCCCAUCCUCACCCGGUACCUCGCAUGUAUUUAUCGCUCACUAUGCCUCUUGCAUUCGCAUGGACUCCGCGGGGAUAGUUUGUAGAGCGUUGUACACAUGUACCAUUCAAGACCAUUCCUUGCUGCUGUGUUCAGGGAAUUGUACGGCUAGUUGUAUUUAUGCGUAUCCUCUGGAUCCAACGUUUGUAAUUUAUGGUGUACUCAAUUGGG